UGUACGAUUGAGAGUCCUACAUCGACAACUCCAAGAUGAGGAGGGUACAUAGAUUGGCGCCGCAGUGUGACAUGCUGGAGCUUGUACCACCGCGUCGCUCUCAAGUGUUUCUUGAAUGGCAAAUGAGGAAUAAGGAAACAACGCAACUUCUGAACCCUAAGUCAAAGGACCGUCUUCACAUCUGGCAGAAAGUGAACCGUGAUCGCGACUUGAACAUUCUUGAGGAUUACUAUUGGUUUUACGAAGAAUGGGAUCGGAUCAACAAUAAGUUCGUGAAAUUGUUCAACAAAACAUUUCCAGAGCUGCUGAUGGAACGCAUUCACCACUAUCGAAUCAAGAUGGAAAACGCUAUGCUUGUUGCCGCCUGCAUACGAACUGCCUCCGAGGGAGAGGACGACGACCCGGACCAAUGGAUGAAAUCUUUACGCAAAUAUCCUUGGGACCCCAUGGCAAGCGGCACACCAAAAUGUGAAUGGGAUAAUGGUAGAACAUCAUCAGCCACAUUAAAUGACACUAAAAUGGAAGUCUCUUCUACCAACCACAUAGGAAGAGCAGACAAAGAUCCUCCAAAUUUUCAGUACUUCAAGGAUCAAUAUUCUUAUGUUGGAAAAAAACAAGAGAAUUGGACUAUUUGGGAGAAAUUUUGUUUUAAAAUGGAUGCUGCUCUUAAAAAGUUGGAGGCUCACUAUCCUGAUUUCACAGGGUUGCUGGUUUAUGGGAAGAGAUUGAAGCCACCUUUAAAUCAACCGCAUCCCACAUCUUCUAUCUGUAUUGAACCAAGUGUGCAACCUAAGAAACCUGCUGCCAUUCUUGGGCCAGCUGCCACUAUCAGCUUGAAUUACUAUUUCAUUUUAAACCAAGUUGGAGAACUAAGCAAAAGGACUGUUACACUGGAGAAUUGUGGUGAGACAGUUCUCUUUUAUACUUGGAGGCAAAGACCAAUGGAAUCCCUGACCAGGUCCUCCAAAGCUUGUUUAGGUAUACAUAAAACUAAUUGUCACAUGUUCAGUGUAGUCAAUUCAUCAGGAAGCAUACAAUCCAAUGAGGUGAAGAAAUUUGACUUCACAUUCAAAUCCCAUGUCCCUGGAGUGUUUUUGGAGAGUUGGGUUAUCUGUAUUGCUCCCAAACUACCACUUUGUUGGAGUCUUGAUCCUGUCUUCUUUAAGGGAGUUGCAAUCUCCGAAGACCAUGUUGACAAAUUAGGAGAGAGGCUAUCAAUGAGACUGUAUAAUCAUGAAAUGAUGAGUGGCAUCAAUGAAAUUGUAAUGGACAUACUCAACCAAGCAGCAAGGACUUCCCAGGCUGCAGAAGAGAUGCGCAACACUAGGGAUUAUAUGUUCUCUAACAAAGCAUUGAAUUUCUUACAGAAGAAUGUAGACUUGGAGCCCCCCGUGUUCUAUGCUCCAACACGGUACAAGAGAAUAGAAGCAUUGGCAAUGGUUGUCAAAGCAUGGGAAACUUGUGAUCCUAGUCAACCAAGAACAAAACAAGCAGCAGCUGCACCCGGUGCUCUUCCUUCACAAACAUGGGGCCUCCCACUGAUUCCAUGGGCAUGGGAUGGUUCUUUCUCCAGCAUCUCCACCGGUAUUGAACAAGCUGCUAUGAGUGAGAGAAUGAGACAACAUUUUCAAAGUGAAUUACAAUCUUUGAAAGAAUUGGUCCAAAUUCCUCCAGAUCACAGUGUGUUAUGUCAAGCUGCUAUAUAUAAGAUGUUGAAGAGAGCUUCUGAUCAUACUGGAGAUGUGAUAACCCAAACUUCCGAAGAAGUUGGCACACGUAUGGUUGAAGGGCUGAUCCAAAAUUACUCCAAGAAGCAGGACCAAGGUCACCCUCACCCAGAUGCUCCAGCAAUUACCACAACAGCAAAACAGUCUAGAGCUACCAAACCAGAAAGCAUGGGGGUAUCUUCAAGACAAAUACAAUCUGAAAAAGCUUCCUCAGAUGCAAUCAGUCUUGAAUCAAGACAAGACAGACAGGAGAUGUUAGAAAUGUGCUUCAAAUGGCUCCAAAUUUGUACUGAAAUGCGAUUGUACUGGGAAAAAGGCAUUGAUGAUUAUGAAGAACAACUUUCAAAUGAGCAAAGCCAUCUCAAGAAACUAAUAAAUCAACGCAUUUUGGAACUCAUUCCAUUUGUAGAUGAGACAUCUUCAUGGGAUAGGUUUGCAUUGGAAAGAGCAAAACAACAAUUACUACAAGAAGAAUAUAAUACAAAAUAAUAAAAUAUAUAUAUAUAUAUAUGUUCAUUUAAGUUCAAACAAUCACACUAUGUUCAAAACCACCACAUCAAUCCUACAUCCUAGAACAAACAAAAUAUGCUCCAAACUAAUGAAAUUGAACAAGAAAAAAUCCAAGAAAAUGGUUCAUAACUCAAUAAGUGAAUAUUAACAGCUUGGACAGGGUCAAUUGAGCUGAAAAAAUAACAGUUGUGAUAUCAUUGAUGUAAUUGGUAUAAACUUUUGUGUUGGUUGGAUAUGGUUUUGUGCGUCAACAAGGUCUUCUUUGAUAAAAAUCAGAUGUAGUUUUGUAGUUGUUUAUAAUAUUAGGUAGUUGCACAAUUGUCCAAGUUGUAGACCUUGAUUUCCAAUAGGAUGGAGCUGCAAGUUUGAUAUUCCACUUAUAUGUAUAAUCCAACCUUUCUUAGGUAUAUGUAGCACUUAAUUGAAUUAUAUAUGGUGUU